AUACAUUAGAAGCUUCCAUAUGAUCAUCCGCGUCCUCCUUACUGGCCCAACAAAAUCUCUGCUAUUUCUAUUGCACGCCAAGAUCAUGCUCAUUCCUAAGUUGAUUUUCAACUAACACAAUCACCUCCAAAAAUGAACAUGCAGAAAUCAUGAUCUCCGGUAUCUAUAGAGGCUAAUUCCUUACCUUAGGGCUUAGGCAGUUGGUUGUGCUUACUCUAAAAAAAAAGCAAAAUAGAAUCCAUCAUCAAGUGAUUAACGUUGAAAUGGGUAUAUUGAUUUUAGUUCCAUUUGUUAUCAUGAUAUUGUUGAUAUUAUAUUUGGUGUUGAUGUUUAGGCUAGAAAGAAGGAGAAAGAGAGGCAGCUCAGUAAGGUUGCCGCCAGGUCCACCGAGAUGGCCCAUCAUUGGGAACCUCCUACAGUUGGGUCCUCUCCCUCACAGGGACUUCGCUGAUUUCUGCACCACUUACGGUCCCCUCGUCUAUCUCCGGUUGGGGAGCGUAGAUGCCAUCACCACUGAUGACCCCAAUGUUAUCCGAGAGAUCCUGAUUCGGCAAGACGAAGUGUUUGCAUCAAGGCCCAGAACCCUGGCAGCCACCUAUCUGGCUUAUGGCUCUGGGGACGUUGCGCUUGCACCUUUAGGCCCCCACUGGAAAUGGAUGCGCAGGAUUUGCAUGGAGCACCUGCUGACCACCAAACGCCUCGGCUCCUUUGCAGGGCAUCGGGCACAUGAGGCUCAGCAUCUAGUUAAACAAGUGUGGUCCAGGUCCCAGGCUGGGGAGCCGGUGAACCUUAGGGAGUUGUUGGGAGCCUUUUCCAUGAACAAUGUAACUAGGAUGCUGCUAGGGAAGCAGUACUUUGGGACAGAGAGUGCAGGGCAGAAGGAGGCAGUGGAGUUCAUGGGAAUAACCCACGAGUUGUUUAGGCUGUUGGGGUUGAUAUAUGCUGGCGACUACCUGCCCGUGUGGAGGUGGAUUGAUCCUACGGGGUGUGAGAAGAAGAUGAAGCAUGUAGAGAGGAAGGUGGAUGAGUUCCAUCAGAGGAUAAUCGAGGAGCACAGGAAGAAGAGGUUAGGCUGUAGUGGCGGUGAUGAUCAUAUGAUGAUGGACUUUGUAGACGUUUUAUUGUCUUUGCCUGGCGAGGAUGGCAAGGAACAUAUGGACGAUGUUGAGAUCAAAGCUCUUAUGCAGGACAUGAUCGCUGCUGCCACCGACACGUCUGCAGUGACGAACGAAUGGGCAAUGACUGAGGUCAUAAACCAUCCUUCCGUCCUCCAUAAAAUACAAGAAGAGCUAGACAGGGUGGUGGGGCGUGAACGGCUGGUGAUGGAGUCAGACCUCCCCCAUCUGACUUACCUGAGAUGUGUAGUGAGGGAGACCUUCAGAAUGCACCCAGCAGGCCCGUUCCUAAUUCCCCAUGAAUCCAUAAGGCCGACUCACCUAAUGGGCUUCUACGUUCCCUCAGGGACGCGUGUUUUCAUCAACACCCAUGCACUGGGGCGCAAUCCCCACGUGUGGGGCAACAACGUCGAUGAGUUUUGAUCGUGAGAGGCAGCGGCAUCAGGCAGCAUCAGCAGGCAGCAGCAGGCAGCAG